GUCAAGUUGGGGUAGAGUCAGUCCAGCCCCAUCCAUACCACCCGAUGGGAGCUCGAGGAGCAGGGACCCGAGGCAGGUCAGGGCCCCUGCCCUGGGUACUGCUGCUGUCCAUGCUGCUGACCCUGAGCCCUGAGGCUGCCCUGCAACCCCGGAGGUCCAGCUCCUGGCAGUCUCCAAGGGAAGAAGCAGCGACCUCGAGGGUGCAAGAGGUGACCAGUGGACCCCAGGACAGGGCAGGCAGGGCCCAAGUGUGCGGGAAGCCAAAGGCAGUUGGGAAAAUAUACGGCGGCCAGGACACAGAGGCUGGCCGGUGGCCGUGGCAGGCAAGCCUGCUGUACCGUGGCUUGCACCUCUGUGGAGCUGUCCUCAUCGACUCCUACUGGCUGGUGUCCACUGCCCACUGCUUUCACAACAAAUCCCAGGCCCUAGAGGACUAUGAGGUUCUACUGGGGAACACCCAACUGUACAAGCAAACCCAGCACACCCAGAAGAUACCCUUGAGCCGGAUCAUCACCCACCCAGACUUUGAGAAGUUUCAUCCCUUUGGGAGUGACAUUGCUAUGUUGCAACUGCACCUGCCUGUGAACUUCUCACACUAUGUCAUCCCUGCCUGCCUCCCGCUCCCAGACAUGCAGCUGCCCCCUCACGCAUCCUGCUGGAUAACUGGCUGGGGCAUGCUCACAGAGGACAGCAAGCUGUUACCACCCUUCUCUCUCCAGGAGGCUGAAGUAGGCCUCAUUGGGAACAAGCUCUGCAGUCUCUUAUACAAGCACAAAACUGGCAAGGACCGCUUGGUGCAGGAGGAGAUGCUGUGUGUCGGGAAUUUCUCUACAGGAACAUCCAUCUGCAGUGGUGACUCUGGGGGGCCCCUUGUCUGCUACCACCAUGGUGCCUGGGUCCUGAUAGGACUGGCCAGCUGGGGUCUGACCUGCCGGCACCCCACUAACCCCAGCAUCUUCACCAAGGUCACGCACUUCAUUGACUGGAUCAGCACAGUCAAGAGGCUCACUGCUGUCCCCAGCCCACUGCCAGCUCCUCCUCCCACAGACUUUGUGCCCCAGCUUCUGAGAGCCACAGGCUCCAGCAAGAGCUGCAGUGUCCUCGGGCCAGCACAGACCUGCCUCCUGCUGUCAUUUAUGCUUCCGGCCCCAUAGCAGGCCUGGGGGUGAGAACACCACCCAUCUGCAUCCCCUCUGUUCAGGCCUCAAGCUGUGCUGAGUCUCUCUC